GAACAACAUGUCUCUGACAAAACCAUCACUGAAGUUUGGAUUUCUGAUGGGGGAAAAUUUGUGGGAAUUACUUGGAAUGACGGUCACGUGUCUAGGUACCACGCCGUGUGGUUACGUCACAACUGCCACUGUCCCAGCUGUCGCUCCAACACCUACACCAACCUGGUCCCCCUCGACGUCCUCAACGCAGAGCUCAUGGUCCAUGACGUCACCAUGGAAGGUGAGAAGGUUGUUGUGAUCACGUGGUCAGACGGGCCGGGGGAGGGCCAGCACCGAGGUCCGAUACCCACAUACUGGUUACGUUACUACUGCUACUCACAGGAGGCGAUGAGGCUGAGGAGGGAACAGAGGGCGCUCAUCUUUCAGAAGGAGAACAUUCUUCCCGAAGUUGAAUUUAAAGACGUCAUGAAAAGUGAUGUUGGAUUGUACAAAUGGCUGCGAGAGCUCAGCGACCACGGAAUCUGUGUGGUGAAAAAUGUUCCCACGGAGAAAGGAACGAUCGUGAAGGUGGCAGAAAGAAUCACUCACGUCCAACGAACUAUCUAUGGAGAGACCUUUGACGUGGUCAGCACGCCUGACCCCAUCAACCCGGCCUUCUCACAGGCGGCCUUGGCCUUCCACUCUGACCAGCCCCACUAUGAGGCACCGCCCGGCAUACAGAUGUUACAUUGUAUACAGUUCGAUCCUCACAUCGUAGGAGGAGAGAAUGUGAUCAUCGACAUGUUUGAGAUGGCGGAGCAGCUAAGGGAGGAGAGACCGGACUACUUUCAGAUCCUUGCGAGGGUCCCCGUCACCUUCCAGACCAUGCAUUACAGUAGGUCUCAACCAGCCCAUCUCCAGAUGAGUCGGCCCAUCAUAAACCUUAACCACAGACAAGAGGUGGUGGGCAUGACGUGUGCGGCCGCCAAGUUAGCUCCCCUGGCUGUGGAUGAGGAGGACGUGGAGCCGUUCUUUCUAGCUCUAGCUCACCUGUACAACAUGAUGAACCGCAGCAGCAACACGUACAAGUUCCGGCUGACCCCCGGUGACCUUGUGACCUUCAACAACCGGCGAAUGAUGCACAGCCGGACAUCGUACGAGGGGCAGACAGGACACAGGUUUCUGCAGGGCACGUACGUCGAGAUCUCCGAGUUCCAGAGCCGCCUGCAGGUGUUGCACAACCUUCUAGGUCAAGGUCGUCUGGCCAGACACUGUGGCAACUUUAGCUGGCUGUGACGUAGGAGGUAGCGGAAUCUGGGGAACAAUUACGGAGAAUGACGGGCAGAAAAGUGGGAAGACAAAAAAUGAUCCCAAGACGCAAACCGCCAGGGAUACUGAAAAGUGUAACCUGUUUGUUCGUGGCCUAUACCCGAUCCAGGGGGAGAAAAUCAGUGAUGAUGAUGCUGCUGCUGAUGAUGAUGAUGAUGAUGAUGAUGAUGAUGAUGAUGAGGAUGAGGAUGACGUGUGAGGGGAUCACCGGGGGGACAUGGAAUGUAACCCCUAAGAUGUGUCAUGUGAUCUGACGUCAUCAAGUGGUCUGUUUGGGUCAGGGGCUGGGGCUUUGUGAAGUCAACGUUCCUCAAAAGAGAGGGAGGGGGCGGGGAGAUAAUCCAGUUAUACAGAGGUCCUUAUUUACGUAUAAAGAUAAUGCGAUUGGCUUCCCUUUGAGUCUGUGUGUUUGUGUGUGUGUGUGUGUGUGUGUGUGUGUGUGUGUGUGCGCGCGUGUGUGUGUGUGUGUGUGUGUGUGUGUGUGUGUGUGUGUGCACAGCCUACAACUGACAGACGUAUAUUCCCGGCACACUGUAGAUAUGUUACUUCCUAGCCCUAGAUCUAGGUCAUGUGACCACCCCAAUAAAUCUUUACCAGUCACUCCACAAUA